GUUCACCAAAAUGGCCGCUGAAGACGAUCCUGUUUAUUGUUUAUGUCGCUUGCCAUACGAUGAAACUCGCUUUAUGAUAGAAUGUGACGUUUGUAAAGACUGGUUUCAUGGAGGGUAAGCAUGUGGAUUAUUAUUAUUUUUUUUUAAAAUCUCAAUUUUCGCAUAAGACCGUUGCUUCUUAUUUGUUUACAAAAGUUGAGGACACCAGGCCAGUGACUGCCCUGGCCCUGGUGACUGUUGACAGUUGAUUACUCAGAAUUACUUACUGAUUCAGUGAUUACUCCACUCCAGUUCCAGUCACUGCCAAUUUGCCAGUCGCAUAUGUGAGCAACUCCAAAGACCAGUUGGGUUCCAAGGAGACCAACCAUUGUUUAAUUAUUAUUUUUAAAGUAUUAUUUAAACUUGUACUGGCCUACUACUGGUAAAUGUUGAGGACGAUGCCCGGGGUUUCCCAUCAUGGCCGCCAUCUUUGUUGACAUGAUCCGUGAGAAGUUCACGGACCAUGUCAACCAAGAUGGCGGCCGAAUAAAAAAAAGUAGUGCAAAGACACGUGUUGUGAAAAAGGGAACGGUUGGGGAGAAUGCGUCUUAUCAACUACUUACGGAAAGAUAGAAAAAAUAAGCAAUUUUUCAAGAAAAUUUUAUUUUUAAAAAAACGAAAACACUCAAAUAUAUAGAAUUUUUUUUAAAGUGCGUUUCAAGAAAAAUGUAAAAUUUAAAGAAAUUGCAAAUUCUUUUUUCUGAAAAAGUGAAAAAAACAAAAACAAUUUUUGGGUAAUUUUUUAAAAAUUGUAAAAAAACUAUAAAAAUUUGAAAUUGAAAAAAAAAAAUUUGUGUAAAAUUUUAAAUAAAACUAGCAAAAAUUGAUGGCAACCAUCCCUAACCUGGACCCUAAACCUAUCCCUAACCUGAACCCUAAACCUAUCCCUAACACAAACCCUAAACCUAUCCCUACCCUAACCUGAACCCUAAACCUAUCCCUAACACAAACCCUAAACCUAUCCCUACCCUAACCUGGACCCCAAACCUAUCCCUAACCUGAACCCUAACCUGAACUCUAAACCUAUCCCUAAACUGUACCCUAAACCUAUCCCUAACCUGAACCCUAAACCUAUCCCUAACCUGAACCCUAAACCUAUCCCUAACCUGAACUCUAAACAUAUCCCUAACCUGAACCCUAAACCUAACCCUAACCUGAACCCUACACCUAUCCCUAACCUGAACCUUAAACCUAUCCCUAACCCAACCUGACCCCUAAAACUAACUCAAGCCCUCUAAAACUAGCCCUAAAGCUGCAAGUUAGAACAUGUGGAAUUUACACACUGUGGCCCAAAAAACUAUGAAAAUGAACAAAAGCAAGAAAAAAUGGCGGAAAAUAAUUAUUAAAUAAAGAAUUAAUGAAAACCCAAAUUACAGUUUCAUGAAAUACACUUUUACACACUUUAUUUCAGGUUCCAUGUUAAAUAAUAUCCAGAAAAUCAAUAAAAUACAAGGUCUGCUAUGCAAAAGUUACCCAAAAGUCGUUGCAACAACAAGACCACAGUGACGUAAUAUUUAAGCACACCUUUCUAUAUCCACAUAAUUUUAAAGUACCCUAUAAGAAAAUUAAUUUCUAUACUUUUUAUUAGUACUUUUAACGUUCUAACAUUUCCACACUCUGAGCAUGAAUUUUAAAAUCAUAAAAUUUAACUUUUCUUUUAAUCUUCGUUAAUUAUUCACAUGAAAUCUUGUUCCAACCGGUUGUUAAAAUAUUUCUUCGCGGCACAAAUUUUUAAUAAACACGCAAAUGACGUCAUGGGUAUGCUGACACUUCAUCCAAUCAAAAUAAACAAAAGGGAAAGACUCCUGCACAAUAUUGAAUAAACACGCAAAUGACGUCAUGGGCACGAUUCUCAACAAUAGCCAAACUGGUAGUAUAUUUUUCGCAGUUACCUCUUAUUUGGUAAAGGUGCAAUUAGGGGCAUAGGUCAUAAGGGGUGAAUGCAAUGAGAAUGUUCCACGAUUUUUCCCAUGGCCGCCAUCUUGGUUGCCACGACCUGUGAAAGGUCACGGGUCAUGGCAACCAAGAUGGCUGCAGUUUAAAAAUAAAAUAACUCACGUCUGCUAAAAUUAGUAGGAAUAAAACAUUAAAAUUUAAUGAAAAAAUGUCAGCGGGUACAUAAAUUUUGUGGUGAACGUAGCUACUUUAUUGUAUCCAUCUAGAUAUUUGGCAAGAAGCGUCAAUGACCUGCGAUUGUUCCCUUUCCUCAUGUAAUUUAAAAUAAAUUGCGCGGUGAGCGUAGCCACUUUAUCUUAUCCCUCUAGAUAUGCGGCAAGAAGCGUCACCGACCUGCACUUGCUCCCUUUCCUCUUGUAUUUUUUGCCAGCACACACAAAAUAAUUAUAAAAUAAUAAAAAACCUAACUUACAGUUUCAUAGAUUAGUCAUUAUACACACUUUAGUUUAUUUCAGGCUCCACCAAAAAAAAUAUUUUAAAAAUUUCAGAAAAUGAAUAAAUUACAAUAGCGAAUCCAUUUUCAAAUACUGCGGGAAUAUUAAAAUAUAAUUACCCAAACAAUGAAAUUUUAAAAUUAUGAUUAAUCAAUAAAAUUUUAAUUGAAAACAUCCAUUAUCAGAUUAAGAAAAAUUUAACUCUAGUAACAAAAGCAAGGGGAGUGAAUACAAAACCGAACCUUAACAAAAACAUGUAAAUGCAUUCAUGGUGCAAUCUCUUUGCAUUGACCGGCAUAGGUUUUGCCAAGACUAGAGUUGUCUCACCCUAAGUGACUGACAGUGUUGUCACUUUGGGGAAUACCAACAACUGACUUAGGGUUACAAGAACAAAAGUUGGACUUGAACGAUAGGUAUAUGUAGGGUAACAUUCCCGUUCUUCAAUCAGCAUUGUAACAUAAACUUAAUCCGGCGAUCGAUACCGUUAAUAUGAAAUAUGUUAAAAUGAAAUUUUAGGUAAAUUUAUGUUCUCUGCGCCACUCAUUUCCCAAGUGAUUUUUCACACUGCCGCCCGCUUUGUUACUAUGAAAGCAGCAUAGCAACAAAUAUGGCGGCUGAAGGGAAAAAAGGAGAAAAAAAAUAUUCUGUAGUGCAAAUGUAGGUCUUAUAGAAAUAGAGAAGGAAAAGGGAGAGAAUGUGUUGUUUUAGCUACUUACAGAGAGGAAUGUUUUAGCUACUUACAGAGAUAAAUGAAAAUAAGGAAUGUGGGUAAGAAAAACAUUGAAAUAAAGAUUUUUUUUUAAAACUUGCAUUGCAUAAAAAAUAUAACAUUAAAGAAACUAAAUUAACCUAAUAAAUAAUUGGAAAAAGUGAAAAAUUCCAACAUAUUAGAAAAAAAGUUCAAAAUUAUCACCAAAAAAAUAAAAAUUUAAUUAAAUAAUUUUUUGAGAAAAACCUACAACUCUACCUAACCUGAAUGCUAAAUUUACCCCUAAACUUAGCCCUUCCAUAACUAUAACUUGAGAGUAAAUCUUCAAACCUAAAAACAGUGACCUAACGUGAACCCUAACACCAUGUGUUUGUGUAUUACAGUUACACACUGUACUGAGAAAAUUGUAAUUUGAAAAUAAUUAAUUUUAAAAUAAUCAAAAUAAUGAAAACUCAACUAACAGUUUUAUACACUUUUACAUAUUUUAUAAAUCCAAAAGAUGUCAGAAUACUCAAAAUCCAUUUUUCAAAAGGAUCAGACGAUCACACAGGCAAAAUAGCCUCGUAUAAAAUAAUUAACCACGCUGUGAAAUAAUAAUUUUAAAAAGCCAUCAAUCUAAAACAUUCUGUCGGUAUAUUAAUAUAAAAAAAAGAGAAGGUUUAACUCCAGUAACAAUCUCCAACUAAACAAAGGGGAGAGAAUCCUUUACAGUGUUGCAUGAAGAAUGUAAAUGAUCUAAAAUUUCCCACUUUUCCAAUGUUUUUUUUUAAAUUAAAAUUUAACUUACAAGGCUCAACAGUAAUAAAAAAAGAAACUCAUCCAUGUUGAGAAGCCAAAUUGACAACCAUUUGGAAAAAUGUGAGUAAGGCUGAAAAUGCUGUCUCUAGAUUGGCUGAAACAUUCUUGACUCCGUAGAGCCACGUAUCCUUAUCAUUUCAAUCGACUGAAAAAUGAAAGCAAUUUAGGAAAAGGCCAUCAGAAGCUGCAAGGAACAAUUCAUCAAUUAUGUGCACACUGAGGGGUAAGGGGAUGAUAUGUGUUGUUUUUGAAGGGCUCUGCAGAAUCUUUACGUUAAUUUAAGCACAAAUAUACUGAAUUCAGGUCCUUACAUAGCAGAUUUACAUUUCAAAUAAAGCCAAAUGUCAGCUAAAAUUCUGAAUGGGAAAUCAAAUAUUUCUAAUAAUUUUCAAAAUUCAUGAUAAUAUUGGCGCAAUGUUUUGUAAUUAUUGUAAUAAUGUGCUUGGUGGUUUCACCUGGAUGGACACUGCAACAGUAAUAUUUAAUAGCGUGUGUGUCUUCUGUGGCAGAGCCAAACAGUUGGGUGUUGGCUGCCUUUUUAAAGCUAGAACAUUGUCGAAUAAAAAUGACAUUACAAAUAUCGGUGGUUACCUUUUUAUUUUUAAAUGUGAUGUUUUAGCAUUGCACCCAGCCCAACCCACCUUUAACUUAAUCAGGGUCAACAUUUAUAUAUCCCAUAGGCUAACUAUCAAAAAAUAAUUUAAAAUUACAUAAUUGUCACUUUAGACAUAACCUACAUUAGAAAAUACUGGUUUACCAUUUCGAAUAUUUUUUUUAUCGUCUUGUGCAUCGUAAUGAUCUGGGUGGGGGCUCAUAAAGCAGCUGUUACCACAAAUGAAUAAUAGGUGGGUUGUCUUACCGGCUGUGGAUCUGAGGACUAAACUGUUUCAAAUGGCUUUUAAAUCACAUAAUACAAAUUUAAUGUUACUGUGGCCUACAUCUGUAGUCGGGGAACCAACAUCUCUAAAUUAGUAAAAGUCAUUGAGAACCAGAUAAGUCGAUUUUAAUUUUAAAUGAAUUAAUCAAACAAAAAUGUAAAAUAGUAUUUAAAUGUAAAUUCGGGGAGGGGGGGGGGGUGUAGGCUGGUAACCAACAUCUCAAAUUUAGUAAAUGUCAUUGAAGACCCGAUAAGUGGAUUUUAUUUUUAUUAUCCUUGUAAUUUCUAAAUUUUUAAGUCAUACAUCAAACACAGAUGUAAAAAUGCAAAUAGGGAUGGGGGGGCAAGAAAGCUAGUGUACAGAGCUCAGUCUUUUGAAUGCUGAACUAUUUAUCUGGAGGUUUAUCUAGACAUCCUCCAUGACCUAUAUACUUUAAGUCAAACAUCGCCAUUUUUUUUCCAAAACAAAAAACUAUCAACAUGAUCUCAAAUGGUACACCUCCAUGUAUCUUUUGUUAUUCACGGCACCAUUCUAGUCUCUAAGUCUAAGGCAACAAGCAAGGGGAACGGAGAAAAUAAAAAGCUCUUAAAAUUUAAAAAAAAAAAGACAAUUUGUCAGGAAACACUUAUCAUGUAAUUUUGAAUUUAUAAUUCAAUUAAUGGAUGUGUCUAGUGGAAGAGUAUUGUGAAAUACGAGAACGGUCCUGAUUUUAAAUGUAUGUUAAUGUUGUCUAAGAUCUACGACAAAAUAUUUUAGGUGUGUCAAUAUUCAAGAGCAUCAAGCUGCAGAUAUAGAAAUAUAUCACUGUCCCAACUGCGCUCCGAAGCACGGACCACUUGUUUGUAAGCUAAUCUUUUUAUUUCCUUUUUGUCUUUUCUUUCUUUAGACAUGUUAUCAAGUCAGCAAAUAUGUUUGUUUCACCUUAUUUCCAAAAACAAAUGUUUACAUUUAAAAAACAAAUUACAUAGUGAUUUAAAUGUUACUUUGAAAAGAAAUGAAUUGUUUGUUCUUUUCAGUAAAAAACAGACGCAAUUGGCAUCGGCAUGAUUAUUCAGAGGAUGGCUCAAAACUUAAAAAGGUAUGUUUUUAAAAGGAACAGUGUUAAUCCAAGCGCCUGCUUAUUUAUGUUAGAUAUGCCGCUAAUCUUCAAAGUGAGUUAAGGAAAGCUUAUGUGUAGCAAAACUUCUUCUUCUUCUUCUAUAUCUUAAGGGCCCACGAUCAAUUUAUUGAUCAUUUUGGCUCCUAUGCAUGUAGAUGGGAUUUGCAAUGUUUCUGUUACUGGUGGUGAUGAGGAAAUCAUGCACUAGGGGUUUGAAUUUGAAAGAUGGUUCCAGUCCCUGAUUGUCUUGGGCAGGAAUGAGCAGCUCCUAUACUGGCUUCUUGCUGGUAUGAGCCUGAAUUGCCUGUCAUGGCCUCGUCGCUGUCUAUGGGGGAGAGGGACGACUUGAUACUGUUAAAAUCUAUGUCAUAGCUUCUGUUAUAUAAGCCUAGUGACAUUUGAAUAACAACUUCUGUUAAAUCAGCUUAGUGACAUUUGAAUAACAACUUCUCUUAUAUAAGCUUAGUGACAUUUGAAUAACAACUUCUGUUAUAUAAGCUUUGUGACAUUUGAAUAACAACUUCUGUUAUAUGAGCCUAGUGACAUUUGAAUAACAACUUCUGAUAUAUAAGCUUAGUGACACUUUAAUAAAAGGUUCUGUUAUAUAAGCCUAGUGAAAUUUGAAUAACAACUUCUGUUAUAUAAGCUUAGUGACAUUUGAAUGAAAGAUUCUGUUGUAUAAGCAGAGCGACAGUUGAAUAAUGAAAAUGAAACUAAAAAAGCAAUUUUUAACCUAAUUGCUUAUCCCAUACGUCACAAGUUUUAUGGCUAAUCUCAAUUAUAAUUUUCUUAUAUUUCAGGCGGUGCAAACUGGAACAGUUGUGUUUAUCAAAGAGCUGAAAAGCAGGUCUUUCCCCAGGUAAAAGCUGUUACCAGAGUCCAUAGACAAAAGUUGCACGAUUAAGGUGUUGUAUUUUUUUAACACCUUUUGAUUCUCAAAAAUUUUACUUUCAGGGAAAAAAAAAAGGAUAGCUUUUAAGUUUACAGUUAGCAGAUUUAAUGUUAAAAAAUUCACGAACGGCUUUGGGUUUCUUUGGCAUUUACUUAUCAAAAGUAUUAUUUUUGUUACUUUAAAUUUAAUAGUGCUGAUGAAAUACCGAUCAAACGACUUCAUGGCAGUCAAAUCACCGCUCAAUAUUUUGAGGAAGAGGGCUUUGAUGUUCCCAUUUUGUGUGAGAAAAAAGAUGGGCUCGGCCUCACAUUGCCUCCGCCUUCGAUUUCAAUUCAGGAUAUUGAGCAAUUAGUAGGUCAGUUAUUUAACAGUUAGCCUAUAAUUCUCAGUUUUUACAAUUUUUUAAAAAUUUACAUAGUUUUCAAAUAAGAUUAUUAUAAGAUUAUUAUUAGAAUAUGUUUUGUUUUUAUAAAUGAUAAGUGCCCUUUGUCUUGUUUUUUAAAAUAAAAAUUCAUUGAUUUAGUUCAAAUUGUCGGUAAACAUUUUGUUCCUGUUGUACAGGCUCUAUGAGAGAAAUCGAUGUGAUUGAUGUCGCACGACAAGAUGACAUAAAGAUGCCCAUGAGAGAGUGGACCGAAUACUAUAACAGUCCAAACAGAGACAAAAUUCUUAAUGUUAUCAGCCUCGAGUUUUCAGGCACAAAGUAAUUUCAUUCAUCAUUUUCAAAAAUAUAGGAUACCAUGUGAAGUAUCUUAUUUGAUUAAACUAUGUAAGAAACCAAAUGUUAAAGAUGCUACAAAUAUCCUGUUUCGUAUCACAUCAAAUAUAAUUUGUUAGAGAACAUCUUUUGAUGAAAAAAAAAGUUUGUUAGUUACUGUAGUGCUCAAGUUACUUAAAUUUUCUUCCAUUUGUACGUUUCACCUAAAUAUAGAUAUUUUUUCCACAGGCUAACAGAACAUGUUGUUCCACCUAGCAUAAUUCGGCAAGUUAGCUGGGCGAGGAAUGUCUGGCCUGAACAGCUUCCAGAGGACAGCACCUUAGUGCGCCCUGAGGUUCAGAAAUACUGCCUGAUGGGCGUCAAGGACAGUUUCACAGACUUUCACAUUGACUUUGGAGGGACAUCCGUAUGGUACCAUGUACUCAGGGUAAGCUGUGUAGUGGCUUGUAGAGGGUGGAGGGACAUCCGUUUGGUACCAUGUACUCAUGGUUAGCUGUGUAGAGGCUUGUAGAGGGUGGAGGGACAUCCGUGUGGUACCAUGUACUCAGGGUAAACUGUGGAGAGGCUCGUAGAGGGUAGAGGGACAUCCGUGUGGUACCAUGUACUCAGGGUAAGCUGUGUAGUGGCUUGUAGAGGGUGGAGGGACAUCCGUUUGGUACUAUGUACUCAGGGUUAGCUGUGGAGAGGCUUGUGGAGGGACAUCCGUGUGGUACCAUGUACUCUGGGUAAGCUGUGGAGAGGCUUGUAGAGGGUGGAGGGACAUCCGUUUGGUACUAUGUACUCAGGGUUAGCUGUGGAGAGGCUUGUAGAGGGUGGAGGGACAUCCGUGUGGUACCAUGUACUCAGGGUAAGCUGUGUAGUGGCUUGUAGAGGGUGGAGGGACAUCCGUGUGGUACCAUGUACUCAGGGUAAGCUGUGUAGUGGCUUGUAGAGGAUAGAGGGACAUCCGUAUGGUACCAUGUACUCAGGGUAAGCUAGAGGCUUGUAGAGAGUGCUCCUAAAGUAAAAGUAUCACUGGUCAUGCUAACCAUGUUUAAGUGAGUGCAAUCGGCACUAAAUUUUAUUCAGCUUUUCCAUUACUAGCACAUGGCACAAUAAGACAGGAAGCGUAGUCAAUAGAAAUAGUCAUAUUGCAAGUAUGUGUAUUAGAAGAAAAAUUUAUUAUUAUUAUUAGUCAUAUUUGAAGUUGGAAGUUGAGACUAUUACAUUAUUUAAAUAAUAAAUGUAAAAAUGUGGACGAUUGUUCCCUGACUUUUGUCAUUGUAAGAGUAUGUUCUUUGUAGUGCAUGGGAGGGUGAAGUUCAAGUUUGUCAUUGUAAGAGUAUGUUCUUUGUAGUGCAUGGGAGGGUGAAGUUCAAGGUUGUCAUUGUAAGAGUAUGUUCUUUGUAGUGCAUGGGAGGGUGAAGUUCAAGUUUGUCAUUGUAAGAGUAUGUUCUUUGUAGUGCAUGGGAGGGUCAAGUUCAAGUUUGUCAUUGUAAGAGUAUGUUCUUUCUAGUGCAUGGGAGGGUGAAGUUCAAGGUUGUCAUUGUAAGAGUAUGUUCUUUGUAGUGCAUGGGAGGGUGAAGUUCAAGGUUGUCAUUGGAAGAGUACGUUUUUUGUAGUGCAUGGGAGGGUGAAGUUCAAGGUUGUCAUUGUAUGAGUACGUUCUUUGUAGUGCAUGGGAGGGUGAAGUUCAAGGUUGUCAUUGUAAGAGUAUGUUCUUUGUAGUGCAUGGGAGGGUGAAGUUCAAGUUUGUCAUUGUAAGAGUACGUUCUUUGUCGUGCAUGGGAGGGUGAAGUUCAAGGUUGUAUCAUCUCAUAUGAAUUCUCUAUCUCUUAGUUUCAACCUGGACUCAACUUUAUUUCAGGGUGAAAAAGUGUUUUACCUGAUUCGGCCGACCCAAGCCAACCUCAUGCUUUACGAAACCUGGCUGUCUUCCUCCAACCAGAGUGAAAUGUUUUUUGGUGAUCAGGUAGGAUGAAUGGAAGAGAUUUUGUGCUGGCUUCUCCUGCAGGAUGCCCUAAGCAAGCCAUUCAGUAUGUUUGUUACAGGCAGACAUCGAUUUCUUAGUAGUAGAAUUACUUUGAGUUCAUCAAAUUUUCAUGUGACCAUGACUAGGCUAGAACCAAAACUAAGACCAUCGGUGAACGCUCCUUCUACUUCCAUGCGCCCACGUUCUGGAACCAGCUCCCCUUCCACAUCCGUCAUUGUGAAACCUCGUCCACUUUUAAAAAGUCCCUUAAAACCCAUCUGUUUAGGUCGGCCUAUGACCUGUGAUGCACCCUCCUUGCCCUGCCUCAUUUUCUGUCUCGGGUUGAUCCUGUAGUAUAGGCCUAAACGUGCCAAAGUGUCCUCGUUUUAUAGCCAUUUUAAUUGUUUCUAUAGUAUAGUAGUUACUAUCCUAAUGUCUCAUUUUUAUUUUAGUUAGUUUACAUGUUUUUAAUAAUUGUAAAGCGCUUAGAGCUUUAAGGUAAGCGCUAUAUAAAAAUGCCUAAAUAAAUAAAUAAAUAAAUUACAAUUUUAAAAAAAAAUUGUUUUUAAUAACAGGUUGAUCACUGCUAUCGCAUGGUUGUGAAGCAAGGCCACACAUUGUUCAUACCCACUGGGUGGAUACACGCCGUCUUUACUCCCAUUGACUCUCUUGUGUUUGGAGGGAAUUUUCUGCACAAUUUCAACAUCCCAUUACAAUUGCAGUAAAUGUUUUGAGUUUUUUCUUGAAAAGUAAAAAAAUUUAUAUGAUAAUUGUGUAACUGUAAAUGUCAUGUUGACACAAGUGCGGUGGAACACAGCUAUAAUAAGGCCAUAAUUAGGGUCCUUAAAAUCAGAUCUUAUUGAAAACACUUGUUUUUUAUUGUAUCAACAAAUUUAGAUUAGGAUGUUUAAUCAUUUUUGUCUUACGUUGCAUAAUCUCUUACACCCAGGUGUUAUGAGAUUGAAAGAAGUGUCAAAACCCCAGAGAAAUAUCUCUUUCCCUCGUAUGAGACCAUGAACUGGUAUGCUGCUAAAAGCUUACUUGAUAUACUCAAAGGUAAGAUUAAAUGGAACAGUCUGUUGUUAUAUUUAUAUUUUUUAUUUAUUUAUUUAUUUAUUUAGGCAUUUUUGUAUAGCGCUUACCUUACAGCUCUUAAGCGCUUUACAAUUAUUAAAAAUAUGUUAACUAUUUAAACUGCUAAAGUAAAAUACAAAUGAAAAACCAGAGACACUAGAAUAGUAACUACAAUGUGAAAAAUAUCUUUUAAUUGCAACACGAGACAUUGAGGUCAAUUAGCUUAAUAUUAUUAAUAUUAUUAUUAAUUUUUUUGUGUGGAAAUUGUUAUGGGAAAUCAGGUGCCAAAAAUAUUCCCAUCGAGCUCAUUCAACUAAAAAUGAACAUCUUUUGCACUAUGCCGAUGGAUCAAAUACUCUAAAAUCAGCUUCGUAAGUUUUUAGUCCAGCUAACCGAAGGUGCAACUUAAAAUAAGAAAUAAAAUUCCUAGUAUGCCCUUUGGGGACACGUCUCUCAUAUCUAACACUCAUGUGCUUAUGUAUGUGUACGUUCAAUGUCUACUCUUGUUUGUGAUACUCUCAUCCAAAAUAUGGAGGAUUUUGAUUGCAUUGCCAUGUUUCAAUGUCUGUAAAUAAAUUAUGAGAUACGGCCUGUCAUGAUAUGUCAACAUUAUUUAGUGUUUAGAGCAGUAUUUUGUCACAGAUUUCAAAUACGUCAUUAAAAAUUAUUGUUUGGCAACGGCUAGUAAAUUUAAACUUUCAAAACUUACAUAACUUACAUUUAUAGAUUACUCUUAAAUGUAUAGCUUACAUGUAAAUUUAUAGAUUACACAGAGGAGGGGAAACGACCCCCAGAGUAUUUUGUGGCAGGAGCCAGAGCUCUGUCUGUCAGUCUUAAGUCAUGGACUCAAAGGAAAGAUGUAAGUAUUUCUGAUCACCCGUAGUUUUACAAAAAGUUAGUACAAUUAAGUUUCUUAAAACUACAGAAAUUGGUCCAUUGAAGUAAUUAAAGUUCAAACUGAAAUUUUAUAAUGUCAAACUUAUAUCAGAAAUGAAAAUAUUUUUGUUUAAAACCCACAUUGUUACAUAAUCCCUACUCUGUACUUCUGCUAGACAAUCCCUUCCUUUUGAAAUUCUGCUAUAUAAUCCCUUCCUUUUGUAAUUCUGCUAUAGAAUCCCUACCUUCUAUAAUUCUGCUAUACAAUUCCUUCCUCCUGUAAUUCUGCUAUACAAUUCCUUCCUCCUAUAAUUCUGCUAUAUAAUCCCUUCCUCCUAUAAUUCUGCUAUACAAUCCCUUCCUUCUAUAAUUCUGCUAUACUUUCCCUUCCUUCUAUAAUUCUGCUAUACAAUCCCUUCCUUCUAUAAUUCUGCUAUACAAUCCCUUCCUUCUAUAAUUCUGCUAUAUAAUAAUAAUAAUAAUUAAUGGUCUUUUAUAGCGUCUUCUAUAAUUCUGCUAUACUUUCCCUUCCUUCUAUAAUUCUGCUAUAUAAUCCCCUUCUCUUUACAAUUCUGGAUGUUUGUCUCAGUAGACCAGUCUCACAAAGUGAGAUGCUCAAAAUGAUUUAUAAUUGUGAUUUUUAUAUAGGCUACAUAACUUUCAUUUGUGCAUCAACCUCUAGGCUUAAAAUAUUGUUUAGAUAUUUUUUGAAAGAAUUAAAAUUAUUGCGAGCACUUGGGACGUUUUCCCCAUGGGGAGGAUUAACUUUCUAGUCUCAUCAAUUCUUGUUUUGCUAUUGAUUUGUUAUCUUUCUGUCAGGUCUUUGGUUAUUUAAAUGGAUGCAAUCUUAGGAUCAUUACGGGCAGACAGCCCAUUAUUAAUGUUAAAAUCAUGCUUUAAACUUUUUGAAAUGGGAUGGUGAAGAGUUCAUAUUCUUCUGGGGAAUAUUAUGAAAGAUUAUUCAAAUAAAAGUCACUACUUAGUUGAAUGUUGGCUUUUCAUAAGUGAUUAAAUCUCAGGGCUAAGCCUGAAUGAUUAAUUCUCAGGGCUAAGUAUGAAUUAUUAUGUCUCGGGCUUUGCAUGAAUGAUUAAGUCUCAUAUUUAGUUAUGAAUGAUUAAGUCUCAUAUCUAAGUGUGAAUGUUUAAGUCUCAGAGCUAAGUAUCAAUGAUUAUGCCUCAUAGCUCAGUAUGAAUGAUUAUAUCUCAGAGCUAAGUAUAAAUAAUUAUAUCUCAGAGCUAAGUAUGAACGAUUAAGUCUCAGAGCUAAGUAUGAACGAUUAAGUCUCAGAGCUAAGUAUGAACGAUUAAGUCUCAGAGCUAAGUAUAAACGAUUAAGUCUCAGAGCUAAGUAUGAACGAUUAAGUCUCAGAGCUAAGUAUGAACGAUUAAGUCUCAGAGCUAAGUAUGAACGAUUAAGUCUCAGAGCUAAGUAUGAACGAUUAAGUCUCAGAGCUAAGUAAAAUGAUCAAAGUGAAAGUGGUAUACUCAUUCCUUUUUCAAUGCAGUGCACAUAAUCAUUGUUUGGACUGGUAUAUUUUAAUUUUCAUUUCAUCAUUUAAAAUUAUUGAAAGUUUUGUUUAAAAAAACAACACCAUUUCUUCAGUAGUUAUUCAACUCAAGCACAUUGCCUGUCUUUUCAAAUAGGAUGAGGAGAGAAAUAGUGAAUCAAGUGGUUUCUGUGCCAUUUAAACCUGUUGCUAUUAAACAAAUAUUUUUUUUUUAUAUCCCUUUCCCAAUUUCAGCUCACCAGCAAAUUUGUUGUGAGUGCAACAUUGUAUCAUUUGCAUCCUUCAUGCCAUGUUCCCCUAGCAAUAAACUGGUGUCAUGUUUUUGUCUUGAAUUUGCUUUUUUUAGAAUAAUUAUCAUUUCUUAAAAGCUUCAUGGAUUGUUAUCUAGAUUCUAGUAGUAGGUCAGUGGUUAGAUGCAUUGACGGGACAGCUGACAACAGUAGGUCUGUGGUUAGAUGCAUUGACGGGACAGCUGACAACAGUAGGUCAGUGGUUAGAUGCAUUGACGGGACAGCUGACAACAGUAGGUCAGUGGUUAAAUGCAUUGACGGGACAGCUGACAAUAGUAGGUCAGUGGUUAGAUGCAUUGACGGGACAGCUGACAAAAGUAGAUGCAUUGACAUGAUAGCUGACAAUAGUAGGUUUAUUUGUCAGAUGCAUGGACAUAAUAGCUGACAAUAGUAAGUUCAGUUGUCAGAUGCAUUGACGGGAUAGCUGACAACUGUAGGUUCAGUGACCAGAUGCAUGGACGUAAUAGCUGACAGUAGUAGGUUCAGUUGUCAGCUAUCCUGUCAAAGCAUCUGACAACUGUAGGUUCAGUGGUCUUGAUGAGAUAGCUGACAAUAGUCAAAGUCAAUAUUCUUUGGGAAAUGAAAAUUUGCACAAGAUUUAAAACUAACUUUUUUUGUGUGGCUCAUUUGUACUUCAUAAUUUCGGGGGGGGGGGGGGGUUGUUACAUUUUGCAGGGGUUUUACUCUCUAAGCUAUUUUAGGGAAGUUAAGAUUAGCUUCCCUGGGAACUGCUCCGACAGUUUAGUGACUUAACAAUUAAGAACAAGAAAAUUAAAAAAAUGUUCAAUCCUUAAUUUAUUGACUUGAAACAUUGACUCGGUUCUUGACUCGGUACUGUAGUUGAACAGAAACUUGACUAGAUGGGUUCUUGACUCGGUACUGUAGUUGAACAGAAACUUUACUGGAUGGGUUCUUGACUCGGUACUGUAGUUGUACAGAAACUUGACUGGAUGGGUUCUUGACUCGGUACUGUAGUUGAACAGAAACUUAACUGGAUGGGUUCUUGACUCGGUACUGUAGUUGAACAGAAACUUGACUGGAUGGGUUCUUGCCUCGGUACUGUAGUUGAACAGAAACUUGACUUGAUGGGUUCUUUCACCUUGAAAAUACCAAAUAAAGUAUAGUGGGAGUUAACGCCUCCGCAACAGUGCAGGAAGUAUAAAGCGCUAGCUGUUUCAAACCUGGAAAUGAGACGUACGAAACAGAAAGAGAUACGUUUUUUCUAACGUAUUGCGUAGAGCUUCUCAGGCUGUUCAACCAUGUUAAUUUAAUCGUGCGGGCCAGCGGUUCCCAACCUUUUUUUUCUCUUCCGUACACCAUGACUAGACUUUUCAUAUAUGAGUAUAAGCAGCAGAUAAAGCUAAUGACAAUUAUUGGCAUUUUUUUCUGUUUGAAAGUUAUUUCAGUUUCUUCAACUCACAAAGGACGUAGCCAAAUCCAAUCUCAAAAAUAAACAUUGCAACUGUAUUUGGCGGUGAAACAAGAAACAAAUCAAUAAAAACCAUCUUCGGAUUUCAUAGAACGAGACAGUGUUUUCAUUAUUAGGAUGAUUUCAAAAAGAGUUUUGUGGACAAGAUUUGUUGUUAACAUAUCUCUAAAUGGUGAAAUAAAGCUUCCCGCAAAUGAACAGGUGUAAAAAACCCAACCUUUUAGGCCCUUUUCCCCCAGUUAUCAAUAUCAUUUUUGCAUACCCAAAACGGCCCGCUGUGUUCCCCCAGGGAUACCCGCAACGCAAGUUGAGAACUGCUGGUACAGGCCUAAUGUGGUGGUGUAUAGUCACACAUAAAUCAGUUUACGACUGAUUCGUGAUGAAGUAUCAUUUAGCACCGUCGCAGUUGUGGUCUGUCUAGAUUUUCAGAUGACCUGAACAACGAACAAAUGCUUUCUUUUCUGACCUGAAUUAUACUUUUGCUUUUUUCAUUCUCUGGUCAUUAAAUGCAAUUAUGUGGUGACUUGUGUUUGUUUUAGUGAACGGGAUGCUCACUGUUGGCGAACUCAUGCAGCUUACUGUUAUAAUGUGCUUUACAACUAGUGUCACAUUGUGUCUGGUGAUUAAUACUAACUGUAGGCUCUGUACGCGGGAUCGGGGGAAUGAGCAAUUCAUCAAAUGCCUAUCUCAAGAAGAGACCUCAAUGUGUGUUGUUUUUCUAUGAAGUAAAAAUAAAAAGUUUUAAAAAAAAAUAUUUAAAAAAAAAAAGAAAAAAAAAAAAAAAAAAGCCAGAGCUGAUUGGUCACAAAAAAAAGAAAAAAAAGGGGGAAUGAGCAAUUCAUAAAAUGCCUAUCUCAAGAAGAGACCUCAAUGUGUGUUGUUUUUCUAUGAAGUAAAAAAAAAAAGUUUUAAAAAAAAAUAUUUAAAAAAAAAAAGAAAAAAAAAAAAAAAACAGCCAGUGCUGAUUGGUCACAAUCAAAUGUUAAACACGGCUGUCUAUAGUAGUGGAAUAUGUUUAGUUUGCUAAACACUGCUGUCUAUAGUAGUGGAAUAUGUUUAGUUUGCUAAACACGGCUGUCUAUAGUAGUGGAAUAUGCUUAGUUUGCUAAACACGGCUGUCUAUAGUAGUGGAAUAUGUUUAGUUUGCUAAACACGGCUGUCUAUAGUAGUGGAAUAUGUUUAGUUUGCUAAACACUGCUGUCUAUAGUAGUGGAAUAUGCUUAGUUUGCUAAACACUGCUGUCUAUAGUAGUGGAAUAUGUUUAGUUUGCUAUCGGUUGUCCUUCAUACUAAAAUAUUCUUGAGUCAUCUUAACCGGCUUGUGAACUUAGACCCUCCAGUCGGUGAUGUUUUGUUUCAUUGCGUGUUUGUGUAAACUUUUGUGAUGGCUCCAAUCACGCGUAGUUGUAUUUGUACUUGGUUUCAUAACACUUGAAAGUAACCCUUGUCACAUUGUCAAAUAUUGUAAUUGAUGAAUAUAUUUUUAGUGGUCUUAAAUAUUUUUGUUGUUGUUGUUGGUCAAACUAAGGUUUCACUAUCCAAUGGCUCUUACAUACAGUAAGCCUUCAAAAUAACUUGUCUAUCUAUAUUCAUCAUUACAGUUACUUUAGGCUGUCCAUCAACUUCAUCAUUACAGUUACUUUAGGCUGUCCAUCAACUUCAUCAUUACAGUUAGUUUAGGCUGUCCAUUAACCAAAAUUUAUUUAUCUUUCAGUAACCUGAAUAAUUUUUUUGCUUAAAAUUAUUGCAUGAUUGGUAGGCCAGUUUGUCACAACCCCCCCCCCCCCCCCCUAAAUUGCUUUAUUCGCUUGAAUUUUCUACUGGAAUUAUCUUCUGAAUGAAAAGUCCAAAACUUUAUCUUACUAACAAAAUAUUGGGAUGAAUUAACUUAUUUUAAAAGCAUAUUCCCUCCUUUCAUUAAUAGUUAUCAUUUUUAUUCCUGUGUAAAGGCUGCAUGUUUUUAUGUUCUCCCCUUUUUAAUCUUAGUGAGAUGGCUUUUUCUUAAAAUAUGGAAGCUUUAAAUGAUCUGUUAUGACUUCAAAGGCAACAACAUUUAUAAAAAUUACUAACUGGUUUCACAAAUUUUUAGCAACAAAUUUUGUUGAUAUAAAUAAAAUUAAUUUUUGUGACCAAAUUAUAAAAUGGACUUAAUUUGCAUAAAUAUAAUUGUGUGACAUAACGGAAAGAGCUUUACCUUUACUUAUUAAGACUAUAAAUUAUCAUAAAACAUUUCUUCACAUGUUAAUAUCUUGUGAAUUGUUGCGUAAAAACCAUUAGAAUAGCUAACAUUUAAACAUUCAUAUUGAUAUAGACUCAAAUAAUGCAGUCUCAGAGGUGAUGAAAUGGGGGGGGGAACGGGGGGGGGCGAUGUUUGACCUCGGGGGGGGGGGGGGGGGGGGCGCUUAUUAUAUUUAUAACUAAUCAAAUUAUUUACAGAUUUUCAAUAAAACUGUAUCUUAUUUUUAAAAAUAGAAGUACUUCUAUUAUAACAUUCAGGUGCUUGCUUAUUACGGUGUUUUGGCAGGACAGGUGAGGUGUUAUUCGUUUAUUGGUGGUGACCAGGCCAUUCUGGGUUGUGUACUACUUGUGUUGUUCUACUUGCAGUAUGCCAAAGUGGGAAAGCAGGAUGCAGCAGACUACAUCCAGUACGGUCAAGUGCUUAAAGAACUACAGAAAGAGCUGAAGAAAAUUGACAACACGGUAGCCAUUUGCAUUUUUAAAAACAGUUUGGCUGAUUUAAAAUUACAGCUUUUUUUUUUUUUUGUUUGUCAAUUUUAAAUCCUAAAUCAAUUGGGCCGCUGUCCUCUGGUUUUUGUAUUUUAGGCUUUUUUACCCACAGUUCCCCCCCCCUUUAAGAAUAGCCGGCGCGAACUUAACCAAGGUCAAGUGCUUAAAGAACUACAGAAAGAGCUGAAGAAAAUUGACAACACGGUAGCCAUUUGCAUUUUUAAAAACAGUUUGGCUGAUUUAAAAUUACAGCUUUUUUUUUUUUGUUUGUCAAUUUUAAAUCCUAAAUCAAUUGGGCCGCUGUCCUCUGAUUUUAGUAUUUGAGGCUUUUUUACCCACAGUUCCCCCCCCCUUUAAGAAUAGCCGGCGCUAACUUAACCAAUGUGUCCAUUCUACCCAGCCGUUUAGGCUACCAUUACCAUCAGCUUCUAACCAUCCAUCAUGACGGCAUCUUCUUAAAAGAAAAACUUUGUCAACAGAGGCAAAGUCCUAAGAAAAGGGAUCAGACGAAAGCCAAAACUGCCAGCCCUAAAAAGCAGGAGUCCAAGAAGAAGGCGCCCAAGAGUCCCAAGAAGGUCAAAGGUCUGGACGUCCUCGACCAGCACACCAAGGAAAGCCUUAAAUCAGCCGGAAGUGUCCUUGAACAGCAGACGACCGACACGGCGAAACUGGCCGCCGACAGGGAACAAAGAAAGAAAAUUUACAACUUUGAGGUAAACAUUUGUUGGAACACUUGAUGAGAGUGGCACAGGUGGGCGGGGUGUUUUGGGUUUUUUAAAAAGUGGUUACUAAGGUUUUCAGGCUGAAAAGAAAAUGAACUCAUUGAGAUGUGUGUGAAUUUUUUUUAAAAGUUUUAACUAUUUGGCCACUGAACUGAAGCUACAUGGAAAAUAAAGGAAACUUAAUGAGGAGCUGCCGCACCAAGCCUUUAAUCCUAAUGUACAUUGUAUCUUAUGGUCAGUGGAAAGUUAACUGAAAGUUUUUCACACAAAUAUGUACUUAAAAAUAAUUAAUUUUGCUUAACUUCUAACGCUUACACUUGAGCGUACGUUUGAUAGCAACAUUGAUUAUUAAUUAACUUCUAAAGCUUACGUAUUAGCCUAAGUUGGAUAGCAACAUUGUUUUUGUAUUCCCUGUUUCUGACAUUUUGUGUAUAUAUAUAUAUAUAUAUAUAUAUAUAUAUAAUAUAUAUAUCUUUAUAUGAUAACACAUUGUUUUAUUCAUUAUUUUGGAAAUGCAUUGGAGAUUUUCCCUGUUUCUGGAGUUGAUGUUGUGGCAAAGUAAGAACUAGAUGAGCCGGCGUUUCAUUUUGGUCUACAAAGCCAUGUCUAGCAAUGUCUUUUUAGACCACUGAUAGAACUAUGUGUACAGAAAUGUUUGAUUUAAACCCCAAUUGUCCUGUCUUUAAAUUUGAGCAAGACACAAUUCCAGUGACAUUUGAUGACUAAAAACAUAAUAUAGACUGACAGCACGGCUUCAUAGAAACAGUUCAUUUGUUAACCGGGGCCGUAAUUGUUCACAAGCCUUUGGCUUUAGGCUGCCUACAAUAGCUGAACCAUUGGAUCUCUGUAUUAUUUGGAUCAUAAAAUUAUUUUUUUGAUGUUUAUAAAACCGUUUUUGUCAAAGAAGGUUGUGUCCAGCUGUUUCAUGUCAAAGAAGGUUGUGUCCAGCUGUUCUGGUCAAAGAAGGUUGUGUCCAGCUGUUCUUGUCAAAGAAGGUUGUGUCCAGCUGUUCUUGUCAAGGAAGGUUGUGUCCAGCUGUUCUUGUCAAAGAAGGUUGUGUCCAACUGUUGAGAUGGGUGACACUUUAAAAAAAGCUGUUAACUUGCACAUAGACCAAAGUGAAUUGGGUAGCCAGAGUGACACACACGGUCUGUGUAUAAUAACCUGCUUGAUUUAUCGGCGUUUAGGAUGACGAUGAAGAUAUUUCCGUGAGCCUGAAAGUCAGAAUCCCCAAAGCCGGGGCCUACGUCGCUGAAGGAGAGGAGAGCGGCAAGGAUACUGGUCAAGAAAUAAAGAGCGAAGGAAAAAUCCAUUUAGAGAAGAAACUUAAGCAAGAGGAAACCAAAGAAGUGCGGGCCAAGAACACUAACUCAGGUCUCAACAAGAAGGUCAAGAUGAAAAAGAGUAAGGAGAAAGUUGAACCCGAUGAAAAACUGGAACCAGUCAAGUCAGAGACAAACGAUUCCAUCAAAGAAAUUCCUCAGUGCCUCAAAUUUAAGUUGUCCAACGGCAAGAUGGUUAGGUAAGUGUUUUGGUCAAGAAACUUGAACUGGCUUGCCUCUAAGUUAAGAGCAUUUGUAACACUUCCAUGAAAACCAAUAAUGUAUAAAUAUUACAGCCUCUGGACCACUCAGUUCUUGCUUUCAUAUUUAUAAGUUGGGAAACGUUAUGUUGACAAAGGUAUUUUGACAAGUUGAUCAUGCAUAGCAUAGUCUGAACAUUUCAAAACUAGUUUAAAAUAAAAAAUUUUUAAAAAGUUUUUCCCUUGGCUUUAUGAAAUAGAAAUUGUUGAAGAAUAUGUUUUCAAUUUUUAGCACCGACAGAAAGAAAAAAAGUAAAAAGCUGAAUCUCAAGCAGUUUCUGCUGUUAGGUCCUGAAUCUACGAGCCUACCUGAAACUCCGUCAGACGGCAAAGAUAAAGAGAAAAUUGUUAAAGGAACCAAAGCUGACUCUUUAAAAACAGUUCCUGAAAAGUUAAAGGGCAUUAAGAAAGAGGAUGACAGCGGCAAAAGACACGAAAAAUCGUCAAAGAAAUCUGAGAAAGUGAAAUCGUCAACUACGAAGGAGAACAUUAAAUCUGAGAAAAAAGUGAAGACGAAAGGGUCUGAGGAAAAGAUGAAAUCGAAAAGAAAGGAGAAAAAGUUGAUACAACCUGUUGAAAAGGGCAGUGACAGCGACAGUGACCAUCUGGUUGUGGAUGAGAGGCCCAAGAAAGCUCCAGCGCAGAAGACGACGUCAGCCACUAAACCAGCCUCACUCAAACGGAAGCUUCCCUUGGAGAACAUAUCAACAGGUAGUCAAACAUAUCAUCAGGUAGUCUAACAUAUCAACAGGUAGUCAAACAUAUCAUCAGGUAUUCAAACAUAUCAACAGGUAGUCAAACAUAUCAACAGGUAGUCAAACAUAUCAACAGGUAGUCAAACAUAUCAACAGGUAGUCAAACAUAUCAAUCAACAGGUAGUCCAACAUAAAUCAUCAGGGAGUCCAACAUAUUAUCAGGUAGUGAAACAUAUCAAAAGGUAGUCAAACAUAUCAUCAGGUAGUCAAACAUAUCAAAAGGUAGUCAAACAUAUCAUCAGGUAGUCAAACAUAUCAAAAGGUAGUCAAACAUAUCAAAAGGUAGUCAAACAUAUCAUCAGGUAGUCAAACAUAUCAUCAGGUAGUCAAACAUAUCAAAAGGUAGUCAAACAUAUCAUCAGGUAGUCAAACAUAUCAACAGGUAGUCAAACAUAUCAACAGGUAGUCAAACAUAUCAACAGGUAGUCCAACAUAAAUCAUCAGGGAGUCCAACAUAUCAGGUAGUCUAACAUAUCAUCAGGUAGUCCAACAUAUCAACAGGUAGUCAAACAUAUCAUCAGGUAGUCCAAUAUAUCAUCAGGUAGUCAAACAUAUCAACAGGUAGUCAAACAUAUCAUCAGGUAGUCAAACAUAUCAAAAGGUAGUCAAACAUAUCAACAGGUAGUCCAACAUAAAUCAUCAGGGAGUCCAACAUAUCAGGUAGUCUAACAUAUCAUCAGGUAGUCCAACAUAUCAACAGGUAGUCAAACAUAUCAUCAGGUAGUCCAAUAUAUCAUCAGGUAGUCAAACAUAUCAACAGGUAGUCAAACAUGUCAUCAGGUAGUCAAACAUAUCAACAGGUAGUCCAACAUAAAUCAUCAGGGAGUCCAACAUAUCAUCAGGUAGUCCAAUAUAUCAUCAGGUAGUCAAACAUAUCAACAGGUAGUCAAACAUGUCAUCAGGUAGUCAAACAUAUCAACAGGUAGUCCAACAUAUCAACAGGUAGUCAAACAUAUCAAAAGGUAGUCCAACAUAUCAUCAGGUAGUCCAACAUAUCAACAGGUAGUCAAACAUAUCAUCAGGUAGUCAAAUAUAUCAUCAGGUAGUCCAACAUUCAUAUCAUCAGGUAGCCCAAUAUAUCAUCAGGUAGUCCAAUAUAUCAUCAGGUAGUCAACAUAUCAUCAGGUAGUCCAACAUUCAUAUCAUCAGGUAGUCCAAUAUAUCAUCAGGUAGUCAAACAUAUCAACAGGUAGUCAAACAUGUCAUCAGGUAGUCAAACAUAUCAUCAGGUAGUCAAACAUAUCAUCAGGUAGUCCAAUAUAUCAUCAGGUAGUCAACAUAUCAUCAGGUAGUCAAACAUAUUAUCAGGUAGUCCAAUAUAUCAUCAGGGAGUCCAACAUAUCAGGUAGUCUAACAUAUCAUCAGGUAGUCCAACAUAUCAACAGGUAGUCAAACAUAUCAUCAGGUAGUCCAAUAUAUCAUCAGGUAGUCAAACAUAUCAUCAGGUAGUCAAACAUAUCAACAGGUAGUCAAACAUAUCAUCAGGUAGUCAAACAUAUCAUCAGGUAGUCCAACAUAUCAACAGGUAGUCCAAUAUAUCAUCAGGUAGUCAAACAUAUCAACAGGUAGUCAAACAUAUCAUCAGGUAGUCAAACAUAUUAUCAGGUAGUCCAACAUAUCAUCAGGUAGUCCAAUAUAUCAUCAGGUAGUCAAACAUAUCAACAGGUAGUCCAACAUGUCAUCAGGUAGUCUUUGUCUCUUAAGCUUUUACCCCUCUGACAUUAAAAUGUUAGUCCACACUUUUAUAAUAACUUUAUCUCUGUUGGCAGCCGUCCCUCGUGUUCAAUUUUCUUUUUUUAAAAAGCAUCUUCUAUUUCUAUGCUUUGCAAACAUAUUACUACAUACAACAAAAAAUGGUUUUAAUGAAGUCUUAAUUAUAGUCUCCCAUGGUCUUCUUUGAAAUUUAUGUACAUCACCAUCAUACCAAUGCAACAUUGAUCAGUCAAACAGUUGUCUACAUCACCAUCAUACCAAUGCAACAUUGAUCAAUCAAACAGUUGGGUCACAUAAAUGAUUCUCACAGGGAACUCAUCUCCGUCAUUGUUUAGUGCAUAUGUCUGCAUCCUUUAUCGUGGAUGUGUUUUUAAUUAUAAAAAUCAUUAAGCGUCUCUGACUGAUCCUCAAAAACUGAUUUAUCGACAUACAUAGUUUUUGUUAAACUUUUCUAGUUCCCGCUCCCUAGAGAAAACAAAAAAAAAUAAAAUAAUUGAAAAUUUAAGACAAUAAUUCAAUAGACCUGCUUUAUUAUUUUUUUUUAUUUUAAUAAAUAUUUGGGAUUGUCUUUGUACCAAAUGUAUUAUAAUUUGUUACAUAUUUGUAAAUUUCUAUAUUUUCAACAAGUGUUUUAAAAAAAAUUUAUGGCCGACUGUACUUCAUUUAAUACCUUCUUAAAGAUUUAAAAAAAAAAUAAAUAAGAGAUCACUCUAUGAAAGAAAAAGUUGGGGAUAUAUUAUUUUGUAGGAUAAGCUAAUGGUCAUAAAUUGUUCUAAUAUGUUGUCCUAAGUUUCAGACUAGUUUUAUGAGAAUUUUCACAGUAAAGAUAUUUUAGGUAAACUUCAGUUUGGCAAUUGUCAUUUUGACAGAUCCUGCUGCUACGGAUGACGCCAGCUCCAAAGUCGACAUGGACUCUAUACGAGGGGGGCUGAAUGGAAGUAUCAGUGACAUUCUAACGGCUAGUGGUUAUGGGGGAGAUACAGAUUUCAAAGUGGACACAAAUACGAGGUUUGUGGUUUAUGUGUUCGUAUUCAGUUCCAGUUUCACGGAUUUUUUAAAACAGAGUUUUUAAUAUGAAUGUAGCUUGCGAACUUGCAAAAGUCAUUUCUGUGAAAAUUAUUUGUCAUUGAUCUGCUCCAGAUCUUAACACUACAUGAAAGGCAAUUUUUUCAUUGGGGUCCGCUUAGGUUUGCUGACAUUUAAAUUGAAGUAUCAAAAAUGAUAUGCGACUGGCUUACAAACUUGUUUCAGUCAAGGGCGGCCGAGCGGUCUAAAGUGUCUCAAACCAAAUAGCCGGUGGUCUGGAGGUCAAUCCCCACCAAAGCCAACAUCCCAAGCACCCCGGGAGGAUGGGACUCGUUAGCCUUGGACGGCAACCCAUCUAAGAGAAGGCAAACUCUGAAUUUAAACCAGGAGCCAGAAUGAUUAACAAACUGAUCGUGGGCCCCUCACAUAUAAGAAGAAAAAAAAGGAAGUAAUAGAAGAAUUCAUUAAAAAAAAAAACGAAAAUAAAAAAAAUUGGGAAAACUUUGCAAUGCUACCGUUUCCUAUCGUUACUAGUGUAAGCCUAUGACUAUCUGCUCAGAAACCCGGCCGGCUUUUUAUUGGAUUAAAUCUGAAAGUCCUAGUAAAGAAAAUCUAGAAAAUCCGUCACCUAUUGGCAUUCUUGAGAACGAAUUGAGAACGCAUUGAAUGUAAACAAACGUUUCCUCGGCCAAGUAAAGGGCGUGCAGGAAAGACUUGACAACACAUUUACACGGUGAUGUCCAUGUUAAGGUCAUUACUGGCAGACAAGCCAGUGUUCUGGCAGACAAGCCAGUGUUGCAAAACAUAGCUCUGUGUUGAAGUGAAAAACAAGCCCUACUCUCUACUAGAAUAUAUACAACCCCUAAUUUAUGAAAGAAACAAAUUCAAGAAAUGUGUAUGAAUCUUGCUAAGUGUUUUAAGUACUUCAAUGUUACAACAUGAUUGUAGCAAAACUUUUUUUUAAAGCAUGUUUUUCCUCCACUUCAUUUAAACUGACCCUUGUUUGAUCUGUCCAGUGGUAUGAGAGACGCUAUAGCCGGCAUGCUGACCAUGAGCAGAAUGGGGGACGGAGCCAGCGCCACGUCGGCACAGGUUAAACUGGAAGGCAAGGAGAACAAAAAAGAGAGAGUUGAUGAAGAGGAGCAACUGAUGGCCGACUGUUAUCAGGAUUCAGAGUUUGGUUAGUCUUGUGAACACGCUGUCAAAUACAAUUUUUUUUGUUUAGUAAAAGAUGUCAGUGAGAUGAGAUCAUUCUUUUUAGUUUAAAACACAAACAACUAUUCCAAUCAAAACAAGACAUAACAAUACAAUUAAAUAUUAUUAUUAUUAUUAUUAUUAACGUGGUUUUAUGUAGCAUGCAACCCCAGUCUAGGGCUGGGCUCACCACGCUGUACAUACAGUCUAGGGCUGGCUCACCACGCUGUACAUACAAUUUAACAAACAUAAAUUAAUUGACAUACAUUAAUUAAAUAAAACAAAACAAAUGUAUAUUUAAAACUAUUUACAAAAUGAGUUUCAGCUUAGUUUUCGUUGGAUGACAAAACCUUUAUAUAUAUUAUGAGAUGUCUGCGUCGCAUUUUACAAAUUUGAUGGCAGGACAAGGUGCCUAACACAGAGGUCUUGGAAUAUGCAAAAAUGUAUAGCAUAUUCUCUGCGGGAGGUGCCUUUGCUGGUUAGGUCAUGUAAAAAGAACGAAGAAAGCUGCUGUAUGGAGAGUUGGUAGAGAUUUAUGGAUGUUAGCAAAAGGAGCAUGAGGGAAGCCAACAUAGAAAUCAACUAAUGGGAGAUCAUUACUGAGCAAUGUUCCAGCUGGCGCAUCGCAGUGUAUAAAGGAUUAAAAAAGGUAGAUGUGUGAAACAAAGCUCUUGCAAAAAAAAAAAAGAACAAUACAGAAGCCAAAUCUAACCAGGAGUCAAGAUUCUCCUGUGAGAAAUGCAGCCAAGAUUGCCACUCCAGGAUCGGCCUAUUGAGGCAUUUGUUGAAGUAUACAUAGCAACUCCAUCGUCUCACGAAGACGGAAGGAUGCUAUAUAUAUAUAUAUAUAUAAAACUAAUAUUAGGCCAAUAAUAAUAAUUUUGAAAAAUUUCUUAUCUUACCACACAUUGGAAAUAUAUAAAGCAGAAGUGAAAUAGGCAGGUGGUUAAGAAUGGGACGCUGCGCCAGCAUAAAUGAAAGCAUUACAAUUAUUUUUGGGUUGACAAGGAGCAACAACCAUGGAAAUAGUAUUUUAGAAAUAUUUAAAACUAAAACAGUUUAUGUCUCAAGGUAUUGACUGUCCAAAUAUGAAAAUUAAGAUUUUCCUCCAUAUAGAUUCUUUCUGUUGUAUUUUUGGAAUGAAAUAAGCCCUUAAAUUCUAAAUAAAAUAAAGAUAAAGCUUUUAAGUAGACUUUUAGUGUUGCUACGAUUUCAGCAAUUGCUUUAAAUAUUAUUUGUACGUCUAUUGAUUGGAUGUUUCUUGUUGUGAUAAAAAAAAAAUGAUAAUCUAUGCUUGAAAUAUAUGAUAAAUGUUAGAAUGCUACUUAAAUACUAGGAUGCUACUAAAAUUUUAAGAUGCUUCUAAAAUGCUAAGAUGCUACUAAAAUAUUAAGAUGCUACUAAAAUGCUAGAUGCUACUAAAAUGUUAAGAUGCCACUAAAAUUCUAGGAUGCUACUUUAAUGUUAAGAUGCUUGAAAAUGCUAGGAUGCUACUUGAAUGUUAAGAUGCUUUUAAAAUGCUAGGAUGAUACUUAAAUUUUAAGAUGAUACUAAAAUGCUAAGAUGCUACUUAAAUGUUCAAAUGCUACUAAAAUGCUAAGAUGCUACUUAAAUGUUCAGAUGCUACUAAAAUGCUAGGAUGCUACCUAAAUGUUCGGAUGCUACUAAAAUGCUAGGAUGCUACCUAAAUGUUAGGAUGCUACUAAAAUACUAGGAUGCUACUUAAUUGUUAGGAUGCUACUUAAAUGUAAUGAUGCUACCCCUAAAGGGUGCAUUUCAUUUAUGUAACACGUGUUUAAAUUAAACCUUUAUUUGUUUGUUUUAGUCUAUCCAUCUUUUGAUCUAUCUGAUGACGAAGAAGAGUCUCUGUACAAGUCAAGGAAAAAGUCAGAAAAAGAUGAUAACUGGAAUCCCAAAGGUUGGUAGGGAUCAGGCAAUAACUAUCAGGGCUUAUAAAUGGACUCCUAAAAGUUGGUAGGGACCAGGCAAUAACUACCAGGGCUUAUAAAUGGACUCCUAAAAGUUGGUAAGGACCAGGCAAUAACUACCAGGGCUUAUAAAUGGACUCCUAAAAGUUGGUAGGGACCAGGCAAUAACUACCAGGGCUUAUAACUGGAAUCCCAAAGGUUGGUAAGGACCAGUUAUUACUGGAAUCCUUAAGGUUGUUAGGGAUCAGCCAAUAACUACCAGGGCUUAUAACUGGAAUCCUAAAGGUUGGUAAGAACCAGGCAAUAACUACCUAGGCUUAUAACUGGAAUCCUAAAGGUUGUUAGGGAUCAGCCAAUAACAACCAGGGCUUAUUGUAAAACUGAAUUUUAAGGUUGUUAUUAAAUCAGACAUACUAUUGUGUUGAUCACAUUCUUUCCUGGCAGUUUUCUCUUUCCUGACAAUUAUGUCCUUCUUUACGUGUCGCUUAUUUUUUAAAGAAGAUUUCCUCUUCCAACACUUCCAACAUAUUAAACUUUUGAUUUAAGAAAGUUACCUUUGAGAUCCUGUCAAGUCGUAACAUGGUCAUUUCAGAUAUCUGUGCUCUGUUUUUAAAAAAUAAUAAUCAAGUAAAGUCGAUUUUUAUAUGUAUCCUGUGAUGUUUUCAGCUCGAGUCAACUCUGUCGCUGUCAAGCAAGAAAGGGAGCACAGAGUCGGAGUUCAGAAAGAAUCUGUUGCAAGCACCCUCGCAUCUACAGCAGCCAAGCUUGCCGAAAACCCUCCUGUGAGUCCAGACUUCAUUAGAUUUAUAUUGAUUGACAUGACUAAAAAAUGAAGUUACAUUUCUUCACUCAGUCAAACAGCUGUGGGUUUUUGUUUAAAUGCAUAUUUUUAUUCUAACUGCUGUAUGAACAUUAAAGGGUUUUACUUUUCAUAGACCAGUUAGAACAAAAAAAAUAUGUAUUUAAAUUUUUAAAAAAAAAACGCAUAUUUUUUUCUUUUUUUUUUCAAAAAGUUGUGCAGAUUGAAAGAAUAUAUUCAUUGUCUAAAAAGAACUUUGAAAAAAAUUGAGACAUUUAGAUCUUUAGCCUCCUCUGAGAGAUGUGAGACUUGCUUGUUUCUUAUAUCUUGUUAUGUUACAUAUCAAAAAACUUCAGCUACAUUUGUCAAUGGUGUUGAAUUAAGUAUUUUAAUUUUGCCUGAAAUUAUUUUUGAGCAGUGUAUGCUUUUCAGUCUCAGAACUCUUGUGGCAUUUAAAUGACAUUUAUAGACAUCAGAGUUGUCUUGACAAAAAAAGUAGGCAUUGAAUGUCUUGUCAAGAGUUACUUUGAAUGUCUUGUUGUCAAGAGUUACUUUGAAUGUCUUGUUGUCAAGAGUUACUUUGAAUGUCUUGUUGUCAAGAGUUACUUUGAAUGUCUUGUUGUCAAGAGUUACUUUGAAGGGCACCACGUUUACAACAUUAACUUUUAAAUUUUGUUUGCUCCAUUAAAUUUUGAAACAUUCAGCCAGCUCGAUAUGGCUUUGAUUUGUAACACUUGCUUUGAGCAUGGUUAUCUUUGAUUCCAGUAACUUUCUAGAACAAAUGGAAAAUUAGAACCCUCCAGAAAAGUAAUUCUAGAAAAUUGCAUCACCUGAUAGCAUUCUAUUGACCAGAUAAAACGCAUUCAAAGAUAAACAAUCUUUUUCCCAAUCAAGGGAGGGGUGGGUAAAAAGGAGCGGUGCUACAAAUUUAAAUGGUGUCAUCAAUAUAAAAAAAAAGUGGGGGGGGGUGGGGAGAAAUGGUGGUGGCCACAACGUUACGUUGAAAUGAAAUGAGAUCAAGACACAUGCCACUACUGUACAUUUGCAAGAAACUUGUGAAUUUCUGUCAAUAGUCAAAUUUUAUUUGCAAUAGAAAGCAGAACCGGCAUGGUGUCAAGUUGUGCAGUGAGAGUCAGAUGCCUGGAACCUGAGCUGUCUAAAACUGUUAACUGAUCAAGAUGCCUGAAUGAAAUAGAAGAUAUAAAGCAACUUUUGUUUUAAACGUUUCGUCUGAUGCUUCUUAUAAUAGUAAUAGUUUAGAAAUUACUAAAAAGCUGUCAAUUGUCCCAACGUUCUUCUAUAAAGUACAUCAAAAAUUUUUUAAAAAGUGACAUCCAUUUAAUUUAUAUUGUUUGCGUUCAAUGUUUUCAGACGGAGAGAAAGCUGUUAAAAAAAGUCCCCAAGGUGAAAGUGCCUGAAAAGAAAGAAUUUGAAGUUGAGCCUCUGCCAGGUCCUUCUUCUGCCCUUGAUGAACCAGGUAAGUCAGAGUUGAGCCUCUGCCAGGUCCUUCUUCUGCCCUUGAUGAACCAGGUAAAUCAGAUGGUUUGAGAUCAUGGCAUUUAAAAUGAUGGCAUUGUUGGCAGUAUUGCUCUACUUUCAAAACGGUUAUAAAAUUAAAAGAAAAAAAAAAUGAUUUACCCUUCUUAAGAAUUGGAAUUAAUUUCAUUUGUAAGACUUUGAUACUUUUCUUUCAGUAAAUGCAUUCAGGCCGGGCAUAAAAAGACCAGUUGACCCUUGUGCCAACACAUCUGCUGUUAAUGCUCCUAAAGGUAAUCAUGUUGACCAGGACUUUUCAUGUAGAUUUAAGUUUCAUAAAAGGGUUGCCCCAAUAACUUGACCGAUUAUCUAUCCAUUUUACUGACAGUUAUUAAUUAUGUAUAAUGCUCAAAAAUUACAUGCUGUAAUUAAUUGAAUAAAUGAAUUUUUCUUAAUGGGAAAGAAAUUCAUUUUCCAUUCAUUGUCCAUAUACUUUGUCAUUGCAAGUUUUAAUUUGCUAACAGAAUAAAUCAAAUGUCUAUGCUUGUUCCAAACAUAAGAGUUUUAAUUUGCUAACAGAAUACUUCAAAUGUGUAUGCUUGUUCCAAACAUAAGAGUUUUAAUUUGCUAACAGAAUACAUCAAAUGUGUAUGCUUGUUCCAAACAUAAGAGUUUUAAUUUGCUAACAGAAUACAUCAAAUGUGUAUACUUGUUCCAAACAUAAGAGUUUUAAUUUGCUAACAGAAUACAUCAAAUGUGUAUGCUUGUUCCAAACAUAAGAGUUUUAAUUUGCUAACAGAAUACAUCAAAUGUGUAUGCUUGUUCCAAACAUAAGAGUUUUAAUUUGCUAACAGAAUACAUCAAAUGUGUAUACUUGUUCCAAACAUAAGAGUUUUAAUUUGCUAACAGAAUACAUCAAAUGUGUAUGCUUGUUCCAAACAUAAGAGUUUUAACUUGCUAACAGAAUACAUCAAAUGUGUAUGCUUGUUCCAAACAUAAGAGUUUUAACUUGCUAACAGAAUACAUCAAAUGUGUAUGCUUGUUCCAAACAUAAGAGUUUUAAUUUGCUAACAGAAUACAUCAAAUGUGUAUGCUUGUUCCAAACAUAAGAGUUUUAACUUGCUAACAGAAUACAUCAAAUGUGUAUGCUUGUUCCAAACAUAAGAGUUUUAAUUUGCUAACAGAAUACAUCAAAUGUGUAUGCUUGUUCCAAACAUAAGAGUUUUAACUUGCUAACAGAAUACAUCAAAUGUGUAUGCUUGUUCCAAACAUAAGAGUUUUAACUUGCUAACAGAAUACAUCAAAUGUGUAUGCUUGUUCCAAACAUAAGAGUUUUAACUUGCUAACAGAAUACAUCAAAUGUGUAUGCUUGUUCCAAACAUAAGAGUUUUAACUUGCUAACAGAAUACAUCAAAUGUGUAUGCUUGUUCCAAACAUAAGAGUUUUAACUUGCUAACAGAAUACAUCAAAUGUGUAUGCUUGUUCCAAACAUAAGAGUUUUAACUUGCUAACAGAAUACAUCAAAUGUCUAUGCUUGUUCCAAACAUAAGAGUUUUAACUUGCUAACAGAAUACAUCAAAUGUGUAUGCUUGUUCCAAACAUAAGAGUUUUAACUUGCUAACAGAAUACAUCAAAUUUCUAAUGCAAGAUUUAUUAUUUAUUUCACGCUUAUUUGUUUAUUGCAGCUAAGAAAGUCAAGAAAGGUUUGGCUACAGCUAAACAGCGCCUCGGCAAAUUGCUUAAGAUAAAGAAGAUGGUGUUUUAAUUUCAAGUGUCGUCUUCAAGGAGCAUUGCAGAAUCUGUAACUGUCUUGAUCCAGCAAAGUAGAACACACAUUAGAUUUUGGCAGUGGGACUGGCUGCAACUGCUCUAGAAGACACACAAUAAUGUAACUAAGCUAUCACUACCUUAUCCCUUGACAAGAUACUCCAUAAAUGAUACUGAUCCUUCAUUGACUAGACACCAGAAUCAAUGACUACAGAUACCACAUGAACUACAGAUACCAAAUCAAUGACUAGAUACCACAUCACUUUCUAGAUCAUUUCCUGGAUACCACAUAAUUGACUAGAUACCACAUCACCUACAUUAUUGGCCAGAAAAAAAUUGUGUAAAUAACCUGAGUUUAAUUCACUGUUGUAUUUACUUUUGUUUAUGAGUGGAGUUUGUUUUAUUUGCAUAGGAAUGUAUAAUACAUGAAUGAUUCAGUUGUGGAGAGCAGCUCUUAGUGUAGAUAUUUGAAAGCAUGGUGCAAGCCACUUGUGCAGGCAUGUCAAAGAACCCAGUCGACGACACAUAGAAGCAUUUAUUCUUCUUGUGUAGGAUGCAUUAUUUCUACAAUAAAAAUUAUAUAAAUUAUUAUAAAUAAAUUAUUUUAAAUCUAGCCAUUGUUACAUAUAAAUAAUGUUUAAAAAAAAAAUUAAAUUUAAAUAAUGCAUAGUUAUAUGUAAAGAUGGCUAGAUUAAAAAUAAUAUAUAUUGUCCCCAAUACAUUAUUUUAAAUCUAGCCCUUGUUAAUAUAAAUAAUGUAUUUUUUUAUAAAUUAUAUUUUUAUUUUAAGAGGAUAAAGAAUUGUUAAAAAAUUUAAUGUAUGAUGAGUGUCAUUAAUAUACAUGCAUAUUGUAGAGCAAUGCAUCUGUAAAAUAAACAUUUAUAAUAUAAUACAUGAUACAGGUUAAGGGGGGACAGGUAGUCAAAAGGCUACAAUUUUAAAUACAUGACUAAGUCAGAAUAUUUUUUGCUACUCACAUUGGAAAAGCAAUCAAAACGUUUUAAAAAAAUAAAUGGGACUUCUGAAUUAUUUUUUUUUCUGCUAUUGAUGAGAAAAUAGGGGUAAAAUUGAGGAGAGGCUGUACCCCGAGUCCUGCUACGCUGAGUCCUCCUACGCUGAGUCCUCCUACGCUGAGUCCUGCUACCCCGAGUCCCGCUACCCCAAGUCCCGCUACCCCGAGUCCUGCUACCCCGAGUCCUUAUUUGCAGUUUACUGUGCUCAGAGCUUUCUGCCAACAUCAGAGGUUCUGAUCUUAUUUCGUGUUGGGACCUGCAACAUACCAUCUCAAAACUGAGUCAUUUGCAGGUCUAGCCAAUAGAGGGACCUGCAACAUACCAUCUCAAAACUGAGUUAUUUGCAGGUCUAGCCAAUAGAGACAGUCGUACUUAUUAAGCACAUCAUUUCGCCGCGUGGUUUACACAAAAAAACUUCUCCCCCCCCCAGAAAUGUAUCAUUUUCAGUUGAUCUCUAUUUAUUUACUCUAGUUUUUUGGAGUAGUCUUUUUGGUGUGGAUGUUUGAUGAUCAUUCUUUCACUAUCUGUUCAUUUAUGAACGCAUCUGCUCAUUUAUGAACAGUCUUGAUGUCUGUAAAAAAAAAAAAAAAUCGAUCAGUUAUAAAUAAGGGAAAAGAUUAGUAAGUAGAACACUUUAUAAAGCUAGAUUUAGACAAUAAUAAGGGAGUAUAUUUGAUGUAUUUCUUAUGCUUAUAUAUAUUUUGCUUGUGGUGUAACUGCUUCCAUUUCCAGGUAGCCCGCAAAAUAUAAUCCCCGAUAACUACUUUAAAUAAUAUAUUUUUAAAAUAACGCACCUGCAUUUGGUGCGGAAUAUUUUAUUUUUGGAAAAUUAAAUGGUCUCAAUUUAAAUAUGGUGUAAUAAAUAUUCUGUUCAAAAGUGGUUGGG